GAACAUACGCGACUCGCUAUCCUUCGGAACAACAAUAAGUUCUCUCAUCGUAUCCUCCCCUUCCUCCUCUUCUUCCUCCGUCCCAACACGACCAAAUUUAUCGUCCAGCUGGCAGUAAAUCCCACCCCCUGCUUUUGAUAUCGCAUGGAGAGUAAUGGCAGGGUACUCUAUCUGCCAGCCCUGAGCAUUCUCACCGUCCUCGACAAACGCCAGUACGGAAUCGAUCACGUAUAGUGUGCCAUGCAGCCACUCUGCUUUGCCUUCCAAAGGGGCGUCAAACGUGACAUUCACCUCUUUCUGCUCGUGUCGAAGCACAGGGGGGAUAUCGGAGAAGUUCUGGGGAGUGGAUGAAACGAUGGUUGCGUGUUCUUCCAGUGUAGAGAAGCGUGGAAGGAUGGAUGUUAGGUGAACAGCCAUAGCGUUGGGAAGAAAAAAACCGGAUUGAUUAGAUUGGUUUUUGGCUUUCGAUAAGAUUAGCUUGGCUCAUGCCGAAGUCAGUGCCGCUCAGCACCGCCACCCAGAAACAUUCUUCAUUCGGAGUGGUACUUGUUGGAUUUUGCUGCAGCUCUAAUAGAGCAACGGACUCUCAAACUAAAUCUGGCUGGCCUGUUAAAAUCGGACUAUCUGCCAAAAUGAUAGACGCCACUACGUUCCGCGGGCUUGCUGUUGUAUUUCCCAACUGCGAUUUUCCAAAUAUCUCGAGCCCGACAGCGGAUAUGAAACUCGCAUUCCAUUGGGCAGCGCACAAAACGCGGAUACAUAGUACCUAUAUGAACGUCGUAAAGAUUCUCCACAGUUUAAAAAAGACGGAGAAAAAGCUCCGUUCGAAAUUCCCCAUCUCAGGAGGUGUUUCAUCACGUCGAGGAGAGUAUCCUGCCGAGCCUCUGGACCCUAGUAACCACUUGAGACAUAAACACAUGUGUACGUCGGAGAACAACGACAGCUCCUCCGGUACCUCAUUCUUUUUCUUUCGAAUUGCAUUGCUCACCUUCCUCCAUACCCACAAUAGUGGAACUUAUCAUUGGCGCCUUAUCCGCGACCAUCUUGGUCUCUCCGCUCCCUUCUUGCAGCUACUGGGAGAUGGUCGGGCCGAUAUGACUCCACCAAGAAUCAUACAAGUCUAAGGCGCAGUCCUCUCCGUCAUCUGGAGUGUUACCCCCGUCGUUGCUAAAGCUAUCACCUCGAGG